AAUAAACUCUUGAGAGGCCACAUAGCAAUACCGGUGAACCUUAUCGCUUGCGCGGAACCUGGAAUAUUUUAUACGUCCCACUUUCCCGCAAAUCCCCCCCCCAAGUGCCACGGCAUCUCUCUCUUCGCUUUCUUCAUUCCUUCCUUCCAUUUCUGUUCCGAUUCUUCUACUUCUGUUCCGAUUUCAGUUUCAUUGCAACAACCCCACAAACCCUGCCUGGUGCAUUGUCAAACCCUUUCAUGCACAAUGAGUAGCUAUAUCCUAAGGCCGCUAAAGCUCGUGAAGAGCUUAAGCGCGAUUUCUGCGCUGCUGAGUAUCUUGCUACCUACUUUUUCCGCUGUGCAAGGUCAUGAGGUUUACGACCGAGAUCUUUCAAUCGGUCUCGUUCAUCCGUUCUCGGAAGAUCGGCAGACUAUCCCUGGUUAUACUAUUCACGGAAGCCCACAGAUCCUGUCUGACAGACUUGUGCUUACCCCGCCGUCGCCGGGGAACCAGAGAGUUGGGCUAUGGACUACGAAGACAAACCCGUACCAUGAAUGGACACUUGACGUUAAUUUUCGGACGAGCGGAGGAGAGAGACCUGGAGGGAGCUUUCAUGUUUGGUAUACGGCUAGAGGUGCUCACGGGAAGGAGGGAAUGGAAUCUGUGUAUACUUCCAAACCUUGGGACGGUUUAGCCCUCGUCGUGGACUCGUAUGGCGGGUACGGCACUAUUAGGGCUUAUCUGAAUGACGGGGCGACCGAUUACUCUAUUCACCACAAUGUGCCUUCGCUUUCCUUUGGGCAUUGCGAGAUCCAUUAUAGAAAUCGGGGCGCCUUGACUGGUCUUAGGAUUACCCAUAGUCCCAAAAACUUUAAAGUUGAAGCUGAUGGAUCACUCUGCUUCGAAACCACUCGUGUCCGUCUCCCCACUGGAUAUCACUACGGUAUCUCUGCAGCCACUUCAGAGACUCCGGACAGUUAUGAGCUGUUUUCAAUUCUUCUCAGUUCUCCCGAGCGCAUCGAUCCCUCCAGAGCGAAAGAUGCCCACCACGAGGGUCAGACACAGCAGCACCAGGACCAGUUCCGACAUCAAGAGCAGGAGAAGUCGCAUGGUCGCACCCCUCAUGAAGAGGAUUACACAAUGUACAAGCCUGAGUACGAGGACGAAUCACCAGAGAAGUACAAGAGCGAACACGACCAGUUUGUGGAUGUUCACAACCGUCUCCAGGGAAUUACACAUCAUUUGGCAGCUAUUCAAUCGCAAGUUGGAAUGCUCUAUGAUAAAGUGGAUUCACUUAGCCACAAACAGGAUGGUUACCGUGCAGAGCUCAGAGAGACUAGAGUCCCCCGCUCGCAGAUUGACGGUAUGGAAGAAAAGAUGAAGGCUAUCGAGGACCUAGUUGUACAGAUUGGAAAUGCCAUUACCUCAAAAGAUUACUCGCAGCAAUUUGAGGUGCUGCACAAGACUUUGGAGAAUCACCACUCUAACCUGCUUUACACCGUUCCAAACAAGGUCACUCAAGCAUUAACUACGAAUACUCCUAGGGUUGGGUUCGGGAUUACCCUUCUUAUUAUAUUUCAACUGGUAUUAGUGGUUGCCUAUAUUGUUUACAAGCGUAGACGAGCAAGUUCCCCGAAGAAGUAUUUGUAAAUGUUUAGUCCCUCUGCAUUUCGUGUCUUCCGGGAGUUUAUUUGAAAGAAGGAAAAAAAAUUACACGGGUCAUUUUAUAUUUCUCUAAACCUAGCUUUAUCUUUACCCAUUUUAUCUUGUCUUUUAUCUUCUUUUUCCCCUUUCCUUAUUUUCAACCCUAUAGUGCAAUGUAGUAUGAAUUGACGGGGGAGAUGGAUGUUGGAUAUUGUAAGAUAAUAAACCAAAAAUGGCUCAAAAGUCAAGGUGAA